AUGAGUUCAACAUCUCGAUAUUUCCUUACUCCUGCUUUAGAUUCACCUCAACAUGAAUUCAAUGAGUAUCACCAUCAAGUUGGACCAGUUGCGCUGGAUUCUUUCACGGAGCUGCUCGACCUGGUAGAGCAUGACCCUUGCACCGGUUUGAAGAGCAACCGGUUGAGUCCGACCGAUCUGCCACGGCAAGAGGUACUGGCCAAUCAGCACUGCAGCAGGAUGUACACCCUGCUCAAAAAUUCAACGCCGAAGGAGCAGAAAGAAUGUUCAAACGGCCGUUAUGCCGGUUGCGCCGACACCCCAGAACCCGGCGGCUGGCUGACCUCGUCGUACCGUUGCCGUUGCGCAGUCAUUGUUAGCAAUAACGUCUGCAAACCAAAGACGGUUUCGAUCUACAGCUGCGUGUACUCCGCUCUGAAGAAGCACAAGAGCCGUUCUAUCGCCAGGUGGAAAUCCUUCAGGAAGAGCAUAUCCCGGUCCUCAUCAUCAGGGAUGUCCCCGAUAUCGAGACAGUUUUCGACGAUGACAGUCAAUAUCAACCAAGACCCUCGGGGCUCUCGAGGCUACGCCUACCCACCGGAUCAACCUUCUCCGCCUCCACCAAGCCGCCCACCGCCGCCUCCACCCGAUCGCCAAGCACCUCCACCACCCCAAGCUCCGCCUCCACCAAGCCGCCCACCGCCGCCUCCACCCAAUCGCCAAGCACCUCCACCACCCCAAGCUCCGCCUCCACCAACGGCGGGCUCCCAGGUCCAACGCCUCGACUCACUGCGUCUCUCAGAUCGUUACGAGGGCUUCUACCUCAACGAGCUAUCGGACAGCGAAAGCGCCCGCUGGAAAAUCCUCCGUCCUCCUCCGCCUCCAGCGACCUCCUCGGAUAGCGAGACGGAAUCAAGCGACGAGGACUGGAUAGCUAGGCCCCCUCCACGACCCCCCGGAUACGUUGACCCCCCGGCUACGAUCUUGCGGGCACGCCGACCUUCCCAACCCGACAAAUCCGGCUCCCAGGUCUUUGGGAGAUCUUCCUCACAGGUCAUCUCUAAUGGUAACGGUGGCCUUUCCUCCCAGGUCACUGUGAAUGGUAACGGGAGAACCUCUUCUCAGGCCCCUCUGGCGCCUUCCAACAGCAACAGGCGGAGAAUGAGAUCGACCAGUAGUGGAUAUAGGAAUUGA